AUGGCUACCAACAUUUCUGCUUCUGCUUCUUCCACCACCAAUCUACUCAACCAACGCCUCUUCUCGUUUCCACCUUCUCAAUACAAUAAAAACAUCCUAAUUAAACCAUACCAACAACAAUGUCCUUUAAUCAGUUCUUCCAAUAAGAAGAACAGGGCAGCUAUGGUUGUUAAUUCGUCGCGUAAAUUAAUCAAUUUGGAUCAACAUGAUGAUUAUUUGGACGUCGACGACAAGCCUAAGGAAGAGUGUGGAGUGGUUGGUAUCUAUGGUGAUCCAGAGGCCUCGCGUUUAUGUUAUUUGGCGCUCCACGCCCUUCAGCACCGUGGUCAGGAAGGUGCUGGUAUGGUUACUGUUGAAAAUAAAGUUGUUAAAUCGGUUACAGGUAUUGGAUUGGUUUCUGAUGUGUUCAACGAGUCGAAACUUGAUCAACUUCCAGGUGACAUGGCUAUUGGUCAUGUUAGGUAUUCUACUGCUGCUGGCUCUUCUUCAAUGCUGAAAAAUGUUCAGCCUUUUGUUACAAGUUCUAAAUUUGGAUCUUUUGGUGUUGCACACAACGGUAAUUUUGUGAAUUAUCAAUUGCUUCGUGCUGAACUUGAGGGGAAGGGGUCAAUUUUCAGUACCACUUCUGAUACGGAGGUGGUACUUCAUCUUAUAGCAAAAUCAAAGGCGAGGAUUUUUGCUUUGAGGGCUCUUGAGGCUUGCGAGAAGCUACAGGGAGCUUACUCACUGGUGUUUGUGACGGAGGAUGGUAAGUUAGUUGCAGUAAGGGAUCCGUUUGGAUUUAGGCCAUUGGUUAUGGGUAGGAGGAAGAAUGGGGCUAUAGUUUUUGCCUCGGAGACAUGUGCUUUGGACUUGGUUGAGGCUACGUACGAAAGGGAGGUUCAUCCUGGUGAGAUGGUGCUAGUUGAUGAUACUAGUAAAGAACCUCAAUCAAUGUAUCUCCUGAAGCCUCAUCCUCCUGAGCCUAAAUCUUGUAUCUUUGAGCAUAUUUACUUUGCCCAGCCUAAUUCAAUAGUAUUUGGGAAGUCAGUGUAUGAAUCUAGACAUGCUUUCGGGGAAAUUCUAGCUACAGAGUCCCCUGUGGAGGGCUGUGAUGUUGUGAUAGCAGUUCCAGAUUCAGGUGUUGUAGCAGCACUUGGUUAUGCAGCCAAAGCAGGGGUACCAUAUCAACAAGGCUUAAUAAGAUCACACUAUGUUGGCAGGAAAUUUAUCGAGCCGUUUCAGAAGAUUAGAGAUUUCGGGGUGAAGCUUAAGCUCUCACCAGUUAGAGCAGUAUUGGAAGGGAAAAAAGUGGUGGUUGUGGAUGAUUCAAUCGUUAGAGGAACGACUUCGUCAAAGAUUGUAAGGAUGUUGAAGGAGGCAGGGGCAAAAGAGGUCCAUAUGAGGAUUGCAAGUCCUCCAAUUAUAGCUUCUUGUUACUAUGGGAUAGACACUCCUAGUACAGAGGAAUUGAUAUCUAACAGGAUGAAAGUGGAGGAGAUUAGGAAGUUUAUCCGGGCAGAUUCUUUAGCCUUUCUGCCAACUGAUAGCUUUCGUAAGUUAUUAGGCAGUGAUCAUACAAACUUUUGUUAUGCUUGUUUUUCAGGUAAGUAUCCACUCUACCCAAGCGUGGCUAUGGAGGAGUCUAUAGAUGAUACAAUGAAGUUGACAGUAGCUGCUAAUUAA